UUUGGUCAGCGCGCCGUUCGUUUGUCGCCGUUUUUUCGCGUUCUCGCGUUUCUCCUGUUUUUCGGUUUUAUUUGAUUUUUUUCGCUCCCGUUCUUUUGUUUUUCGAAACAAUUCUGCCAAAAAAGAAGAAAAAUGCCCAAAAAAAAAAACAUAAUGUUUUUUUAAUUGCACAAAAUGCUGUUGUACAAUUUAUGAUAUAAUUGCGUGUGAUAAGCACGACCCUAAAAAACAAAACAAAACAAACCAAGACCCAACAAAAAAAGUGUAAAGAAAAGAAAACGUUUUGACAAACAAAUUUGCAAGUGCAAGAAGAAGCAGAAAGUGCAAUAAGAAGAAAUGUGCUAAAAAUUUGCCAAUUGCAGCGCAGCACGUGGCAGCAAACGCAUUUCAUGCAGAACAUUUGCAGUUGAAGAUGCGACCACCAGCAGCUGAAAGGGAUUAAAGCGACGUAGCAAAGAAAGAGGAAAUGCAGGGCGUUCGAAGAGAGAGAGUGGACGCCAGCGACCGGAUACGCUGGAGCUGUCGGUGCUGGGACAAAACGAUGACACAAAGCAGCAACAGCAACAGCAAAAAACAAGAGCUGGAGCAACAGCAACAGCAGCUGCCACAAGCGAUGCAAACGGCGGCGGCAACGCGUCGCUCACGCUGGUUUCACUUUGCACGCAAAUCGCGGAGUCGUCGACGUCUUUGUGGCGAGGAGGAGCAACUGCAGCUGGCGCUGGAGGCACAAACGGAUGCCGAGGAUGAGGAAACGGCAGCGGCGACUGCGGCGGCAGCACAGCAAGUGCGUCUAGCGCAGCCGGAAACAAUGAACAUUGGCAACUCGAUGCUGACAAUCAAUACGCCAAGGACGGCGACAACCACAUCGACCAAUGCCUCGGACAAUGGACGUGACGAUAGCUUCUAUAGUCUGGUGAAUGCAAGCACAAGUGCACAAGCUGCUGCCGCUGACAACUCCCACUCGAAUGCCCCCACAACUGUUGUUGCUGUUGAUGUGGAGCAACAGUACAAGGAGCAACCGCAAUUGGUCGGAAAACCACGCUUGUCGAUGCUGCAGCGUUGGGCCAGCUGGCGACGCAGUGCUCCGGACAGUUUGCCGAGCAGACGUCGCAAUCCCAGUCAAGUGGAUCAACUGGAGCAGCAACAGGUCUCUGCCUCCGCCUCUGCGCGCAAUUUGCGACGCGUCUCCCAGCUGCGACGUCGUCGUAGCUCUUACUAUUUCUCGGACAAUGAACGUAGAAUACGCGCCAACGACAAAGAUUUCAAUUCACAGUUCAAAUAUCACAACAAUUAUAUUAAGACAUCAAAGUAUUCGCUGCUAACGUUCCUGCCGUUCAAUCUGCUGGAGCAGUUCCAGCGUCUGGCCAACUUCUAUUUCCUGUGCCUGCUGGUGCUCCAGCUGAUCCCGGCGAUCUCCUCGCUGACGCCCGUCACAACAGCGAUACCGUUGAUCGGUGUGCUAACGCUAACUGCUGUCAAGGAUGCCUACGAUGAUAUUCAACGCCAUCUAUCGGACUCGCAGGUGAACAAUCGCAAAUCGAAGACGUUACGCAACGGUAAACUGAUCGAGGCCAAAUGGUCUGAGGUGCAAGUUGGCGAUGUCAUCCGUUUGGAUAACAAUCAAUUUGUCGCCGCCGAUAUCUUGCUGCUGACCACAUCGGAACCCAAUGGCCUGUGCUUCAUUGAGACCGCUGAAUUGGAUGGCGAGACGAAUUUGAAGGCAAAACAAUGCCUGAUGGAGACAACGGAGCUGGGCGAUCAACAUGAUCUGCUGUGGAAUUUCAACGGCGAGAUCAUUUGCGAGCGACCCAACAAUCUACUCAACAAAUUCGAGGGCACUCUGAUCUGGAAGAAUCAGCGUUUCGCUCUCGAUAACGACAAGAUUCUGCUUCGUGGUUGUGUCCUUCGCAAUACGCAAUGGUGCUACGGCCUCGUUGUCUUCGCCGGCGUCGACACGAAGCUAAUGCAGAACUCGGGGAAGACACAGUUCAAGAGCACCGGCGUCGAUCGCCUGCUCAACUUUAUCAUCAUUGGGAUUGUGCUCUUUCUCGUCUCGAUCUGCGCUUUGUUCGCCAUCGGCUGCGCAGUGUGGGAAGGUCUGAUCGGCCAGCACUUUCAGCUAUAUCUGCCCUGGGAGCACAUAAUACCCCAAGAGAUGGUGGCAUCGGGUGCCACAGUGAUCGGGCUGCUCGUAUUCUUCUCGUACGCCAUAGUCUUAAACACAGUUGUGCCAAUCUCCCUCUAUGUUUCAGUAGAGGUCAUACGCUUUGUUCAGUCGUUCCUCAUCAAUUGGGACGAGGAAAUGUACUAUGCACGCACCCACACAUAUGCCAAAGCACGCACCACAACCCUCAACGAGGAGCUCGGCCAGAUUCAAUACAUCUUCUCGGACAAGACGGGCACCUUGACCCAGAACAUCAUGACCUUCAACAAGUGCAGCAUUAAUGGUCGCACCUACGGUGAUGUCAUCGACCUGCGCACCGGCGAGCUCAUCGAUAUCAACGACCAGCAAGCAAUUUUCCAAACUAGCAGCAGCAGCAACUGCGCCAGCAGCAACAGUAACAACAAUAGCAGCAGCGCCGGCAGCAGCAGCAAGCCUGUUGCAGUUGUCACGCCCACGCCGCCCACCAUAUUGGUGCAUGCCGCCGAGGUGCAUGGACGAAGGAAAAGCGCCGUGCUGGUGACCACAGCCGGUGGCACGCAGCUGGCCAGCAAUGCGACGCAGUUACAGGGACGCAUUGCUGCCGCCGAGCAACUGUUGCAGACAGUGGAGAAUCCAUUGGCCACAGCCACAGCCACACAACAACAACAGCAACGCAAACAAGUGCACUAUUUAUCGCCCAGUCGCAGCAACAGCAACGAGGAUGAGCUCGACGAUCCGGGCGGGGCGACAACAACAGCGAGCAAUAGCGGGGGACGUUCGUCGAGGGGCAGCGGCGGCUCGUUGGGCGCUUGCUUUACGCGUGGCAGCGGCGCACGCAUGCGACGACAGCUGUCGAGCUUGUCCAACUGCAGCAGCAGCGGCGACAAAGUAAUAAUCUUGCAUGAUCAGCAACUAGAGCAACUCGAACAAUUCGAACAACCAGACCAAAUCGAACAACAACUCGAACAACAGCAACACGAACACGAGCACGAACAAACGCAUCAAACUAAUCGCAAGCUGCGUCAAUUCCAUGCUUCAUGCUCAUCCUCAGCCACAGCCACAGCAAUAGAUAGCGGUUGUUGUGCGCCCUUUCGAUGCCACAACAGCAACAGCAGAUUGUCAACAACAACAGCAGCAGCAGCAACUUGCAACAGCAACCGCAACAGCACCGCACAGCAACGUUAUCUCAGCACACACCGCUUUGCCACAAAUUGGAGUUCGUCACACCAAAAAGUGCACAUCGUCGAACCCAUUGACUUCUCAGCGAAUCCGCAUCACGAGACAGACUUCCGUUGGUACGAUCGAACGCUGUUGGAUGCCGUGCGUUCGGAUGAGGAGCAUGCCCACAAUUUCUUUCGCUUGCUCGCACUUUGUCACACGGUGAUGGCGGAAACUGUCGACGGCCGACUCGAGUAUCAGGCGCAGAGUCCCGACGAGGCUGCCCUCGUGUCGGCAGCCCGUAACUUUGGCUUUGUGUUUCGCACACGCACACCAAACAGUAUUACCAUCGAAGUGAUGGGUCGCCUAGAGGAAUACGAACUACUGCACAUUCUGGAUUUUAACAAUGUGCGCAAACGCAUGUCGGUCAUUCUACGACGCGGCAACUCUGUGGUGCUCUACUGCAAGGGGGCUGACAAUGUGAUAUACGAUCGUCUGCAUGGCGGGCAAGAGGAUCUUAAGGCGCGCACUCAGGAUCACUUGAAUAAAUUCGCUGGCGAAGGUCUGCGCACUCUGGUGCUAGCCGAGCGACGCCUGACCGAGGAGUACUACAACGAUUGGCGCGUGCGCCAGACGGAGGCGGCUCUCUCGAUGGACUCGCGUGAACAGAAGCUGAACGCGAUGUACGAGGAGAUCGAAAGCGAUAUGCAGCUGGUGGGCGUGACAGCCAUUGAGGAUAAACUGCAGGAUGGUGUACCCAAAUCGAUAGCCAAUCUGCAGAAUGCUGGCAUUAAGAUCUGGGUGCUGACUGGCGAUAAGCAGGAAACUGCCAUCAACAUUGGGUACUCGUGUCAGCUGCUGACCGAUGAACUCGUCGACGUCUUCAUCGUGGACGGCAGCUCUGUGGAGGAGGUCGAGAAGCAGUUGCGGCAAUUUAAGGAGUCUAUCAAGAUAUUUGAUCGUUUUCGACCUGGCGGCACCGAGGCGAUGAAUCAGCUGCACAGCGAGAGCAGCAUGGACCCCAUGAACGUGACGAUGACACAGACAUCGGCGUUCAUGCAGGACACGAAUGGAUCGCCCAUCCCACAGCCGCCACCGGCUAUUUCGGUGGUUACCUUUAGGUGGGAUGCCAAAAUUAAGGAUAAUAAGGGCGGACCGGACAGCGCCGAGUGCAAUGAUCUCUUUGGAGAUGCUGAGAAAAGCGACGACGGCCGUCGAACCGCGCCCUCAAUUGUUGUUGACGAGACGACGGGCUUUGCACUCGUCGUGAAUGGACACUCGCUCGUCCACUGCCUCUCACCGGAGUUGGAAAGCAAAUUCUUGGACAUUGCCUCGCAGUGCAAGGCGGUGAUCUGUUGUCGCGUGACGCCGCUGCAGAAGGCGCUGGUCGUCGAACUUAUCAAGCGUGCCAAAAAUGCCGUCACCCUGGCCAUAGGCGAUGGCGCCAACGAUGUCUCCAUGAUCAAAGCUGCUCACAUUGGCGUGGGCAUCUCAGGUCAGGAGGGUCUGCAGGCGGUAUUAUCGAGUGACUAUGCGAUCGCACAGUUUUGUUAUCUGGAGCGUUUGCUGCUGGUCCACGGUCGCUGGUCGUAUUAUCGCAUGUGCAAAUUUCUGCGCUACUUUUUCUACAAGAACUUUGCAUUUACGCUCUGCCACUGUUGGUAUUCGCUCUUCUGUGGCUUCAGUGCGCAGACCGUUUUCGAUCCGAUGUUCAUAUCGGUGUAUAAUCUGUUCUACACAUCGCUGCCGGUGUUGGCGCUGGGCGUCUUCGAGCAGGACGUGUCGGACAAGAACAGCGUUGAGUAUCCGCGUCUGUAUACGCCGGGCCUCAAGAGCGAACUGUUCAACAUACGCGAGUUCAUCUACAGCGUACUCCAUGGCGCCUUCACAUCGCUCAUUCUGUUUCUUAUACCGUAUGGCGUCUAUAAGGAUGGCGUUUCCCACAAUGGCUACAUACUCUCAGAUCACAUGACACUUGGGGCCGUUGUUGCCACCAUUCUCAUUGUCGACAACACAGCUCAGAUUGCUUUAUACACUUCGUACUGGACGAUUGUGAAUCAUGUGACCAUUUGGGGCAGUCUCAUCUGGUACUUUGUGCUUGAUUAUUUCUACAACUAUGUCAUCGGUGGACCGUACGUUGGCUCCCUCACGCAGGCCAUCAAGGAUGUCUCCUUCUGGGUGACGAUGCUGAUCACUGUCGUCAUGCUGAUGGCGCCCGUGCUUGCCUACAAGUUCUAUCUGUUAGACGUGCAUCCCAGCUUGUCUGACAAGAUCCGUCAAAAGUCGCUGAAGAAGAUGCAUUCGCGGGUCUCAAGCGAUGUGCGUCGCACGCCUUCAUCGCGUCGCGGUCGUCGUUCCGUUCGUUCUGGCUACGCCUUUGCCCAUCAGGAGGGCUUUGGCCGGCUGAUCACGUCGGGCAAGAUAAUGCACAAGCUGCCGCAGGACUUUGCGUUUCCGCUCGGUUUGGGCACCAAGAAGACGCAGGCACUGCACAACAACAUUGGCUCGGCUGAUGGCAAGCAGGCGCCACCUGGCGGCGGUCCGAAUCACCAUCAUCAUCCGCAUCCGCAUCAUCAUCACAAUAACAGUCACAAUCACAGUCAGGGCAACAACAUCAACAAUAAUAAUAACAACAACACGAACCUGCGACACAAUCAAAACAAUCAGCAACAAAUUCACUCGUCCAUGGCGGACAUUCGGGGCGAUGGGCGUGGCAGCGGGGAUACACGACGCAGCAGCGAUGCCGGCACCGAUGACAUGAGUCCUCGAGCACCCUGUCAGGAUUUGGAUACGAUUAAUCUGUAGGCGAAUCGAUAACUACGAUAACUUCACAAAGGAAACACCAAAAAUCAUAGUAAGCAAAGUAAAAGCAAAGCAAACUUGUAACGAUUUUAAGUUAGAACAACAAACAAACAAUAACAACAACAAAUGUAUUAGCUUUACCAACUACUUUAGUACUUAUACUAAGUGUUUAAGUGUGCGUGUGUGUGUGUGAAUGUGAAUCCGUAUUCUUUAUUCCGACUCUCAUUUCGAUGCGUUAUGCAAUGCGCUGCGUAUUUCCACACUCUUACCACCGCCUCCUGCCACGCCCCCACCCCCACUGCCCACCUCUAUAAGAUUUUUAGUCAGUUAGUUAGUUAGUCGGUUGUCUUAGUCUUCAGUUUUGUAGCAUUAACUAAAAGUAUUUCAUGUAUUUGCAUGUGAUUAAUGUGAUUUAUUUUUUAAGUUUUCAUAGUUUGACAAUUUUUUUUUUUUUUUGUUAUUGCUCGUUUAAGAUUGGGUAUUACAUGGUUGUUUUCUCUGGUUGUAGUCUCAAAUAUACCAAAAAGAAAAUCAAAUUUAAUCAAAGUAGCGUAUUAUAAUCGUAACAAUAUGCAGCAAUAGUCUAGAAAUAAUUUCUUAUUGUGAAUUUGCGAAUUUUAGAUGUACACUUAAAGAUUAUUGAGCGAUAGUUUUAGCGAUAGUAUGCACGAUAAUUGUGUGCUUGUUGGGCUGCAUUUAAGUGGCGCCCACUCGCUCUCUCUCUCUCCCUCCCUACCUCUGUUCAUCAUACUCUCCCUCUUUCUCCCUCUCUCUUUAUCUAUUUCCCUCUUUGUCUUUGUGUGCAUGCUUGUGCGUGAUUGUGCCUAGCUUAAGUUGCAAACUAAAACAGAACCAUUGAGAAACUGAAAGUGUACUUAAAUCAUUGUUAAAUGUCGUGCUGUGUUUUCAACAAAAACCAAAAACAAAACUAAAGAAAGGGAAUUGAAAGAGCGAUGAAGAUUCGCGCAGAACGUGGAAGAACGUUAAUCUUAAGCUUAAGCUAAACUUAACCUAAAGAAAAACAGGCCAAUUGAACUUACGAUAUAAGCUGUAAUCUCUAGUUAACUAACUGUUAGUAGAUAAAUGCCACACAGUCAUACAACACACACACACUCACCACAUACACACUCAAUGCACUUACACUUACACACCGCUCCCCUUAACUUGUGUGUUCUUCUCCCCAAAUCUAUCAACAGAAGGUCAACCAAAUGAAUUCUUAAAGUUCCCAAUUCAAAGUUUCACAAUCUCUAUCCGUACACCUAUACUAUCUGUGUGUGUGUGCGUAUGUGUGUGUGUAUAACUUAAUUGCUUUUGCAACACACACAACAAAUAUUCAAGCAAAACAAAAAAAGGAAAAGAAAAUCAAAAGGUAUUAUAUGCUGAGGUUAAUCGAGAUGUAUUCUAGAAGAAAGCGGAAAACAAUUGGGCUGUGGCUUAAAGAAAUGCGAAAGGAACUUACAUACAUCUAUUUAUAUUUAACAUAUGCUAGCUAUAAGGUAUUUCGAUCAUAUAGGUAUUUUUGAUGCGGAACGAAACUUACUUUAAACCAAAAUUAUCAAAACUUGGUCAAUUUGCUAUUUGGAGCAUAUUUUUUGCAUGUUAUCGAUACAGUUGAUGAAAUAUAGUACAUAUAUUUGUUGAAUCUAUUUCAUAUUUGAUCGUGUGUGAGCAACUUAUGUCUGUGUGUGCGCAUAUGUGUGUGUGUUCAAAAGUAUUUUUUUUUGUAAACUAAAAAAUUAGUGCAUUACGAAUCUAUUUUAAGCAAACAUUUUAAAUGAUCAAUAAAU